AUGGUCUCCGAGCGUUUGACUAUUGUCAUCAAACUUGGAACUAGUUCUAUAGUAGACGAGAGGACUCAUGAACCCAUACUAUCCAUCCUCACUCUUAUAGUUGAGACGGUUGCUAAGCUUCACAAAGAAGGUCACAAUGUUGUACUCGUUUCAUCGGGCGCUGUUGGUGUGGGUUUACGCCGCAUGGACGUGGAAGAGAGACCGAGACAUUUACCUCGUAUACAGGCAUUGGCUGCUGUUGGCCAGUGUAGACUGAUGAGUCUCUGGGAUGGUCUGUUUGCGCAUCUGCGUCUGCCAGUCGCGCAAAUUCUGUUGACCAGGAACGACAUUGCCGACAGAACACAAUACAUCAAUGCUCAAAAUACGUUCACGCAGCUAUUUGAUAUGGGUGUGAUCCCUGUCGUCAACGAGAAUGACACUUUGGCUGUUUCCGAAAUCAAAUUCGGUGACAACGAUACAUUGUCAGCAAUUACAGCGGCGAUGGUCAGGGCCGAUUACCUCUUUCUGAUGACAGAUGUCGAUUGUCUCUAUACUGCCAACCCCCGUACAAACCCCGACGCGUGCCCAAUCGAAGUCGUCAUGGAUAUUUCUACCUUAGAAGCAGAUGUCUCAUCAGCUGGGUCAUCUCUGGGAACCGGUGGAAUGAGUACAAAGAUUGUCGCUGCGAAGCUAGGAACUAGUGCUGGCGUAACGACUAUCAUCACAAAGAGUUCGAAGCCAGGAAACGUGCAUGCUAUUGUCAAUUAUCUCCAGAGGCAGGGUCAUACACCGACUGCAACAGAAGCGGUGACCAAGUCAGUUGAGAGCUUUGAGGCAGCAAGCAGCUCGCAAACUUUGCCACCACUACACACACGCUUCAUCCCAUCCGAUAAUCCGAUACAAUCCCGUUCAUUUUGGUUACUUCAUGGGAUGAAACCCCGGGGUACGGUCUACCUAGACCAUGGUGCAUAUAGUGCUCUUCAGAAGAAGGCGAGUCUUCUCCCUGCCGGUGUACUUGGUGUGGAAGGUCACUUUGCCCAACAGGAAGUGGUAAGAUUAGUUGUGAUCGGGAAACUAUCGCCCGACUCCUUGGAUGGUGAUUUCCUUCAUCAUGGACAAGAGCCCAAGGAGGUUGGCCGUGCCCUAGUCAAUUAUGGCAGCAUUGAGAUUGAGCGCAUCAAAGGCCACAGAAGCACACAAAUCCAGACUCUUCUUGGCUAUGCCGAUAGUGAAUAUGUGGCUCUUCGCGAGAAUAUCGCCUUCCUGCAGAAUGAUGACUGCGCACGUGGAUAG